AUGGCAUGCGCGCUCCUCCUCCAUCGCCGGCUUACAAAAACAUCAGUGUGCUUGUUGUCCUUAUUGCUUUCCUACGUGGGCUACUGCACUUUAUUCCACGCGGAGCCCCUCGUGCUGCCGGUCUCGGGGGAUCCGGCUGCGGGCUGCAGUCGGCGGCUGCCGGCCGACGGAGCCUGCGCGUCUCCUCCUCCGCCGUCGGCGCCGGACGCGUCCCGGGUGAAGGCUCCCGGGGGGCCGCCCUCGGCCGCGCUCCACGCCAGGAGCGACGCGCCCGGCACCCCCAAGUUCGGGAAUAAGAAGUUGCCCAAUGCCAUCAUAGUUGGCGUGAAGAAGGGCGGAACCAGAGCGGUUCUGGAGUUCAUUCGGAUCCACCCCGACGUGAGAGCUGCCGGGACCGAGACGCACUUCUUUGAUCGGCACUAUGACAGAGGGCUCGACUGGUACAGAGGUUUGAUGCCAAGGACUCUUGAAGGCCAAAUCACCAUGGAGAAGACUCCGUGCUACUUUGUGACAAAAGAAACGCCGCACAGAAUCGCCGCCAUGGCCCGAGACACCAAGCUCAUCGUUGUGGUCCGAGACCCGGUCACCCGAGCAAUUUCAGACUACACCCAGACUUUGUCCAAAACUCCCGACUUGCCAAGCUUCCAGGAACUAGCCUUCCAGAACCAGAGCGCGGGCCUGGUGGAUGCAUCCUGGAACGCCAUUCGUAUCGGCCUGUACGCCCUUCACCUCGAAAACUGGCUGCGCUACUUCCCUCUGGCUCAGAUCCACUUCGUCAGCGGCGAGCGCCUCAUCACCGACCCGGCAGGCGAGCUGGCUCGGGUGCAGGACUUCCUGGGACUCAAGCGUAUCGUCACGGACAAGCACUUCUACUUCAACCGCACCAAAGGCUUCCCGUGUCUCAAGAAACCAGAGAGCAGCGGUUCACCUCGCUGCCUAGGAAAGUCCAAGGGCAGGACUCACGUGCAGAUCGACCGCGACGCCAUUGAGCAGCUGCGAGACUUCUACAGACCUUAUAAUGUCAAGUUCUAUGAGAUGGUGGGUCAUGAUUUCAAGUGGGAGUAG